GUAGGUGGCGGUAAUGCACCUUUGAGAUGAGUUGCCGACCGCCAUUAAACCUGAAAGAAGAAGAAGAAGAAUCAUUUUUUUUAACAAUUGUAAACUUAAACACUUACACUUAACUAAUAAUGGAUUGUCAGAUUUUAGUGUACUUUAUUAGCAGUUUAUCAUGUUGUUGUGAAACCGGUCAUAUGUAGCGAUACUUGUUUAUCUCUUCUCGACGCAGCAGGGUAACGUUAUCCUAGUGGGGAGCGGCGUUGCAGUCUGAAUGUAUUUGUGCUGUAUCAGCUUACAGUUGUUCCCCCCCAAAUCCGCAUCGUUUUAAAGUUGUUUUAGUUUGAUUUUAAAAACUGCUGCCCUAGAGAUGGCAUCGGCAACGACGACUGAUCCGGGUUUUAAUCCCGGAGCUAUAGGGUUACCAGAGUCUGUAGUCCCCGCUAGCAUGUUUGCUCCAGCCCGGGGAUGCGGCGAUGAUGACGGGGCAGAGUGCUUCGAGGACGGGGAGAUGUUCAACGGUGAGACCGUGGAUCUCGGCAUAGACUUCUCCAGCAAGCUAGCCCUGGUCAGUCCCAAUGGGGAACAGUAUGACUUAUUACUACGGCAACUGCGUGAGAGGAUGGACGAGGGCUGCGGGGAGACCAUCUAUGUGUUGGGGGUGGGUUCAGAUGGAGGAGACUAUGGUUUGAAUGAGAGUGAUAUGCAGGCGUCUGUGGCCACAGUAAGGUCCAUGUGUGAGCAGAUCGAGGCAGACCUCAUCCUGUUGAGAGAGCGUACUGAAGCUGGUGGCCAGGUCAGAGAUUACCUUAUUCGCCGUCGGGUGGGAGAAGCUGACUUCCUGGAGGUUAGGGUGGCUGUAGUGGGGAAUGUGGACGCCGGUAAGAGCACUCUGCUGGGUGUGCUGACUCAUGGAGAGUUGGAUAAUGGACGUGGCUUUGCACGACAGAAGCUCUUCAGGCACAAGCAUGAAAUGGAGAGUGGCCGCACCAGCAGCGUGGGCAACGACAUCCUGGGAUUUGAUCAAGAAGGCCAGGUAGUCAACAAACCUGACAGUCACGGAGGCAGCCUGGAUUGGACCAAGAUCUGUGAGAAGUCUUCUAAAGUCAUUACCUUUAUUGACCUUGCUGGCCAUGAGAAGUACCUCAAGACAACUGUGUUUGGAAUGACCGGCCAUCUGCCUGAUUUCUGCAUGCUGAUGAUUGGAAGUAAUGCAGGAAUUGUUGGCAUGACCAAAGAGCACCUGGGUUUGGCAUUAGCUCUCAAUGUUCCCGUCUUUGUGGUGGUUACUAAGAUUGACAUGUGUCCAGCUAAUAUUCUUCAAGAGACCUUGAAGCUCCUGCAGAAGAUAUUAAAGUCUCCAGGCUGCAGAAAGAUCCCUGUCCUAGUCCAGAACAAAGAUGAUGUCAUCGUCACGGCAUCCAAUUUCAGUUCUGAGAGAAUAUGUCCCAUUUUCCAGAUCUCUAACGUCACAGGGGAGAACAUGGACCUGCUGAAGAUGUUCCUGAACCUGCUCUCCUCCAGAAGCUCAUUUAAAGACCAUGAGCCUGCUGAGUUCCAGAUAGAUGACACCUAUUCAGUACCUGGUGUAGGAACAGUAGUGUCUGGGACCACGCUACGAGGGCUGAUCCGACUCAAUGACACUUUGCUUCUUGGACCAGACCCUUUGGGUGCUUUCCUACCCAUCACUGUCAAAUCCAUUCACCGCAAGAGGAUGCCUGUAAAAGAGGUCCGGGGUGGACAGACGGCCUCUUUUGCUCUGAAAAAGUUGCUCUUGUCAACAAAUAAUCAGCCGUCAAACUCUAAACCUCCCCAAAUCAAGAUGCAGUCAACAAAGAAAGCCCCGGCUAGAAGAGAGGAUGGAGUGGCCCCGUCCAGUGAGGAGAGCGCUAGCACAGGAUCACCAGCCGCUCAGCAAAGUGUACCACAGCAGACAGAAAUGGAGGAAGACCCUCAAAACAAAGAGAACAAGCCAAAGUCUGGAGGCAGAAGACGAGGAGGUCAGCGGCACAAAGGCAAACCUCAAAGUAACUCCACAGUGACCCUCGCUGGUGCGGUCGGGGGCUGCUAAACUCCUUUCAAGAGUCCAGUUCACCCUCCAUGUUUACUCGCGCCUUUUACCUGCCCACAUGGACCAGACCACUUUGAUGACGAGGCUUAAGAGUUCACAGAACCAACAUGCACAUUGUUUUGUGAAUUCUAAUUUAUUAUAAGAUAUGCGUGUGUUUGUAGACUGUACAUACCGUAGAUACUGAGACUAUAGGACACAUACUGCAUGGUGGUUCUGUUUUGGCUGUAAAUGUCAACUUCAGGAUAAACUUGACUGAACAUGA